AUGUCUUUGUACCAAUAUAGGUGGCAGUGGCAGUCUGAUUUGGAUGAUGAUUAUACUGUUCGUGGUGCUUAUCAGCUUUUGACGACACAGGAUGCAGUUACUUUGGAUGCUGCAUCGGGUCUUAUUUGGCACCGUCAGGUUCCUUUGAAGGUUUCCAUUUGUGUCUGGCAACUCUUGCGGGACAGGUUACCUACCAAAGCAAACCUGGUUACUAGAGGGAUUUUAUCUACGGCGAACCACCAUUGUGUUUCUGGUUGCGGAGAGGUUGAGUCGGCUCAGCACUUGUUCCUUUCCUGCAGUACUUUUGGUGCCCUUUGGUCCCUUGUCAGCUCCUGGAUUGGUUCUCCUUUGGUGUCUGCUCAGACUCUUUCCGAUCAUUUUGUCCGGUUCACAGUUUCAGCAGGUGAUCUUCGAGCACGACGUUCUUUCAUGCAGCUCAUUUGGCUUGCUUGUGUAUGGGUGGUGUGGACCGAAAGAAAUCACAGAUUGUUUAGAGGCUCAGCAAACACAGUGUAUCAUAUGUUGGACAAGAUCAAAACUUUUUCAUACAGGUGGUUAAAAGCGACGAGUAGUACUCUAGCUGUGAACUGCCAUAGUUGGUGGUCUAGUCCUAUGCUUUGCUUGAGCCUUGUUUAG